ACAAAAUGAGUGUCCGAUUGCCACCCACACAGUCCCAUCUAACUCAUCUAAGAAACCCAACGUGCUUCUUUUGCUAACUAACAAACCCAGAAAGCCAUGCCUCUCAGAUUAUCUGUCUCAGCACUCACCGUGCUCUUCUUCUUCUUCUUCCUCUGUUCCUUCACUGCAAUCUUAGCCCACAACAAUGAAGACCCAACAAUCAAAACAAUGGAGGACUUCUCAGGCUACCCAAUUCACGAGUCACACUCUCACCUUUCUUCACUAUCAGUUGACGCUCAAAGUUUACAGAAACAGAUUGAUGAACUUUCGAGUUUUUCGGAUACACCUGCCCCAUCAGUGACCAGGGUCUUGUAUACUGAGAAGGAUGUCUUGGCGCGUAGAUUCAUUAAAAACUUGAUGGGACUCUCUGGUUUGUCCGUUAGAGAGGAUGCUGUUGGUAACAUAUUUGGUCGAUGGGAAGGCUCUAAUCCAGAGCUUUCUGCCGUUGCAACAGGUUCUCACAUUGAUGCCAUUCCAUACUCUGGAAAGUAUGAUGGAGUUGUGGGUGUUUUGGGUGCUAUAGAAGCGAUCAAUGUACUAACAAGGUCCGGGUUCAAACCUAAACGAUCACUAGAAGUUAUCAUGUUCACCUCAGAAGAGCCUACACGCUUUGGAAUAAGCUGUCUGGGAAGAAAUGAUGCUGGACUAGCAGCUGCAGAAUUAGCUCUAGCAGUUGAGAGACAUGUAUUAGAAUCUGGAUCUAUUGAUACUGUUGGUACAGUUGGUAUUCUGGAGCUACACCCCGGAGCUAUCAACAGCAUCCCAAGCAAAUCACAUCUGGAAAUCGACACAAGAGACAUUGAUGAAGAGCGAAGAAACACCGUAAUUGAGAAAAUCCAUCAAUCUGCAAUUUCUAUAGCCAGAAAGCGGCGAGUCACUCUAUCCGAAUUCAAAAUCGUAAACCGGGAUCCACCUGCACUUUCUGAGAAAUCAAUACUUGACGCAAUGGUAGCUUCAUCAAAAGAGCUCAACUUAACCCAUAAAUUGAUGAUUAGCCGAGCCUACCACGAUUCAUUGUUCAUGGCCAGAAUAUCCCCAAUGGGCAUGAUAUUCAUUCCAUGUUACAAAGGUUACAGCCAUAAACCUGAAGAGUAUUCCUCUACUCAGGACAUAUCGAAUGGGGUCAAGGUAUUAGCCCUGACCCUUGCAAAAUUGUCAUUGCAGUGAUGUAACUUCCACUGUUGUCAUUAAGUAACUAGUUCAUAUAUUGCUGUUGUGUAAAGAUUCCAAUUACCCCCUAUGUUGUGCCGCUAUGACUUGUACUAUUCAAUAAAGAAAAUGCUAGUUGGCAUAUGAAUUGAAUAGAGAAUUUCAACUGUGCA